AUGCGUGAUCUUUCUCACAAGCCCCGGAAAGACUUCCCAAGCUACCCGCAAUUCUCCGGAUUUAUGAAGCCAUGCCGAGUGGAAGGAGAAGUUCUGAAUCUUGAAAUUCACGGCAGGAUCCCGGAAGACAUUGAUGGAACAUUCUACCGGGUGAUGCCUGAUCCCCAAUUCUCGCCCUUUAUCGAAAAUGACCCAUGGUUCAACGGUGAUGGCAGCAUCAGCGCCUUCAAAAUCAAAGACGGCUCAGUCUCCUUCAAGCAGCGCUUUGUCCGAACAGAGAAGUUCGUCCGGGAGCGAGAAGCUCAACAAGCACUACUUGGUAAAUACCGGAACAAAUUCACGGAUGCCGUUGAAUUCAAGAUCCGCACCACAGCCAACACCAACGUUGUCCACUUCAACGGCAAGUUGCUAGCUCUGAAGGAAGAUGCUCCUCCGUAUGCAUUGGAUCCGCAUACCCUCGAGACAAGCGGUUUGUAUGACUUUGAUGGACAGUUACCCAGUCUGACAUUCACUGCACACCCGAAAUUUGACCCGCGGACGGGGGAGAUGAUCUGCUUCGGAUAUGAAGCCAAGGGCGAUGGAACACCUGAUAUCUGCUAUUACCGCAUUGCAGCUGAUGGGAAGUUCUUGGAAACUGUGUGGUUGACUGCGCCUGUUGUGGCUAUGAUUCACGAUUUUGCCAUUACGGAGAACUGGGUGCUUUUCCCCAUAAUCCCCCAGCUCUGCGAUAUCGAGAGAAUGAAGCAGGGAGGUGAGCAUUGGGAGUGGAGCCCUGACACUCCAAUGUAUAUCGGAGUACUUCCACGACAAGGAGCAAAGCCAUCCGAUCUCAAGUGGUUCCGCUAUCAAAACUCAUUCCCAGGCCACGUAGCCAACGCCUACGAAGAAGAAUCCGGCAACAUCAUACUCGACCUCGGACUGAGCGAGAAAAACGUCUUCUUCUGGUGGCCAGAUGCGCAAGGAAACUCCCCCGAGCCAAGUUCCAUUCACUCCCAGCUGACCCGAUUCACCAUUGACCCCAAAUCCAAGGACCUGGACUUGGUGAACCCAACAGUCCUCCAGAACGACAACUCCGAGUUCUACCGUUUCGACGACCGAUUUGCUGCCAAACCGUAUAAGCACUGCUUCUUCGAUCUCAUGAAUCCUGCCCUCGGAACCGAUUUCCCGACUAUCAUGCCUCAAAUGGGUGGUGGUCACCCGCUGUAUAACGCACUGGCACACUUGAAUAUUGAAACUGGAGUUACAGAGACCUAUUUCCCGGGGAAGACACAUAUGGUGCAAGAACCGGUCUUCAUUCCACGAAGCAGAUCUACUGUUGAGGGUGAUGGGUAUGUUAUGGCUUUGGUGAAUAAUUAUGUUUCUAUGUGCAGCGAGUUGCACUUGUUGGAUACCAGUGAUUUUACUAAAGCGAAGGCUGUCAUUCUACUGCCGCUUCGGCUGAGGCAGGGGUUGCAUGGUAAUUGGGUUGAGGGUGAGGAUCUGUAG